AUGCGAACAAAAGCUGGGUUAAUAAAUCUUUUCUCACCAGAAAAAGAACGCAUUGACAGAACGAAAUGCGCUUAUGUCUUCGAUGGGGGAAUGUUAUUACAUCGUGUCCCCUGGACCUCAAGUAAGCCAUUCAAAGACACUUUCGCUAGAUACGUCAAAUAUUUGGAAGACCAUUAUACAAAGGAAGUGAUAGUAGUAUUCGAUGGCUAUGACCUCAAUUGUAAUAGCAUUAAAGGGGCUGAACGUUUGCGGCGCGCGAGUAACAAGUCUUGUCCCGACAUCCAAUUCGACCCCACUAUGGAUUUAAUGGUUCCAAAGAACAAGUUUUUAUCCAGUAACUACAAUAAAAGUCGGCUCAUCAAAUAUUUGAUAGAAGCCUUGCAAAAGAAUGGCAUUUCCACGUUACAAGCUUUGGACGAUGCAGAUUCAUUAAUUGUACAAACAGCGCUCCAAAAAGACUCUGUAGGUGACCUACCAGUAGUAGUAGUAGUGGCAGAGGACAUUGACAUCCUAGUAAUAUUAACAGCAUUGACUCCAGAACACCGGACAAUUUAUUUCUUAAAAGCUGUCAAGGGAAAUAAGACCGACCAGGUGUACUCUUCCAGGAGCCUGGAUGCGCAUCCCUUUAUGAGAGACAACAUUCUGUUUUUGCAUGCAAUGAAUGGAGCUUUUUUCAGAAAAUGGAAAAAGUCAGUACUGUCAAGUUUGUCUAAAAUGGUGGAAAACUCAAAAUGGCCAUUGAAUCUUUUAAAAAUCAAAACCUUCCUCGAGAGACUAUAUUCGCGAACGGAGAAACUGUUUUGCUGUCGAUUUACAAAUUGCCAGCGAAAAUAA